AAAAAAACAGAAAUUGAUAUGGAGAUCCAAACAUUUCCCAACGAAAUUGUAUUCUUCGAUUUAGAAACUAACGUACCAAACAAAACGGGACAACAUUUUCACAUUCUAGAGUUUGGUGCCAUCAUCGUAUGUCCACGAAAACUCGAGGAGCUAGAGAGCUUCACAACGCUUAUACAACCCAAAGACCUGUCCAUGGCCCCAUUAAGAUCGUCUAGGUCAGAUGGGAUCACGAGAGCUAAGGUCACAGACGCACCAAGUUUCGAAGAUGUGGCUGAGAAGAUCUAUGGUUUGUUGAACGGUCGAAUUUGGGCAGGUCAUAACAUUAGAAGAUUCGAUUGCGUUAGGAUUAAAGAAGCUUUUGCUGAGAUUGGUAAAGCUGCGCCGGAGCCCUCAGGGAUCAUUGAUUCUUUGGGUUUAUUAAGUGACAAGUUUGGCAAAAGAGCUGGCAACAUGAAGAUGGCAAGUUUGGCUGCCUAUUUUGGUCUUGGAGUGCAAAAACACAGGAGUCUUGACGAUGUUCGAAUGAAUUUAGAGGUCCUCAAGCACUGUUCAACAGUGCUUUUCUUGGAAUCUACACUUCCGGAUCAAUUAGAAGGAAAGUGGCAAAGUUCUUCAAAGAUCAUGACAAGAAGUCGAAGUCAUCACCAAAUGGUCCAAAAAGCAAUGCCAUACACGAAGGGUAGUCUCGGGAAGAUGACACAGAAUGUGAAGAAUAUCUUAAGCAAAGCUCAAGGCACCCAAUCUCUUCAAAGCUUGAUUAAACAUUCUCAUUCUUUGCUUAGAUGAUUAUUUGCAACCCUUAAUGGUUGUUAUUAUUUUUCAUAAUUUGAAAAAUGAAUUUCAUUGUAUAUAUUGAACAUUUGUGUUUAUGUUCAUUGGACAUUGGCUAUACUGCCAAAAAUUCAAUAAAAAACAACUUGUAUUCUUAUUCA